AUGGAUUUACCAAUUGAGACAAUGACAUGGUCGGCGUCAGAUCUUGGUUUCUUUGGAUACUCCGAGCGAAAGGCUGUGGUGCUCACAUCCCUAGACGGUGAGGAGCCUACAAGCCAAGUCCUUUAUACCAAAGAAGACUGGGAGCGAUGGUUUAGCUCUGCAAUGCUACUAUGGCAUGAUAUACUGAUUCCGAAUAGCCUGUGUAGCAGGGCUCCUCCGAUGUCCGAAGCACCCGGCAGAAUACAAUACCUCCCGUUUACAGGAAACACUUGGGAAAGAAUCACUAGAGAGUUUCACGUAUCUCGAAAUAUCAAACGAACGAUAGCAAGACUGGUCCCGUGCUUCUCUUCCGCCCGUGAAGAUGACGCGACGUCAGGUCAUCUCAAGAUGUCCUUUUCUGCGCGCAUGUCUUCAAGUCUGCCGGACGAUCUGGCAAUGUCUGCCACUUACAUACCGAGUACUGGGACCACGUUCGCUGUGGUGUAUGGUUGUAACGAUGACCAGAUGAGAAGCAUUGAGUCAAAAGUGCGAAGAGCAGGCAAACAAGCCUUCCACCCACUCAUGAUGCCAGGGAUAUUCGAAGAGCUAGAGAGAGCGAGGUUGGUUGAGAGAGUCGAAGAUCUGUUGGAUGAUUUCACACUUCGAUCAGAGAAGCUUGAGACACAUCCCUGGAGUCCAGACGCAGAUACGGACGGCUCAAAGGCGCAACAACAUUUAUCUCUCUGUGUUAAAAGCCAGAGUUUGAUGGACCAAAUUCGUAUGGCAAAACGACAAUUGACAAAGUUCUCAAAAGAGAUUGACAUCAUAACGACAGAGCUCGAGUCUCUCAGCGGGGUUGAGUACAUUCACAAGAGUGAGCCAAGAGCAACAGAGAUGGCGAAAGUAGGGACAAAGAUGAAGAAUAGGGUGGACGACAUCAUGAUAGAAUACGACGAUAAGAUUGAUGAGUGCCAGAUGAUGAUUUGCAACACAUCAUUGGCAAUGCAAACAGUCUGGAACCACAUUGCAAGGCAAGACUCAAAGACCAACACCAAGAUGUCAAAAGCAAAUGCUGCCAUUGCCGUACAAACAAAGGUCGAGAGCGCUCAGAUGAGGACAAUCGCGCUUCUAACAAUGAUAUAUCUCCCCCUAUCUAGUGUUGCGGCUAUAUUCUCUAUGGAUAUGUUCAACUGGGAGGCAGUUGAAGGUCAGUCUAUGGUAUCGAAACACAUUUGGCUAUUCGCAGUCCUUGCAGUUGGCCUCACACUGCUCACCCUUGCUGCAUGGUUCUUGGGGACACGGCGAGAGAAGGCUAUGGCGGAUAAGUCGGACAACUACUUCAAUUCACCGCAAAGACAUGACACAUUCGAGUAUGUUUAG